AUGGGCGCAAACAAAUUGUUUGGGCACGGUGCCCAUAAAAUUUUUGUCCCCCCCUCUGAGCCCAAAUCGAAGACCAACACAGCAUUUAAUUAGAUCCAACCACCGACAACGUUGAUGGCCCUAUCAACCGUUCAAUUUUUCCUCCUACCCCAUGAUUUCCCAAUCUCAACCGUUGCCUUAACCCCACAAAAGGAGCCAAUUUAGCUUGAAAAAAAAAUUUAAAAAAUCGCCCGCUUAAACAAUCCUACAAUAAUUUAUGUAUAGCGAUAGCGAUAAUUUGUCAUAAAUUAUCUAUAUAUAUAUAUAGUAAAUCAUAUGAAUUGUCUAAUUUAAUUUUUUUAAUUUUAUCAAUAAAAUGUUGUAGAACGUGUAAAGUAAAUAUAGUUAGUUUAUAUGGAUAGAUGUAAAUGUAUGAUUGUUCCUUUUGGCAAGUUGUCCGGUGUAGUACUGUGGUAGUUGCGAAUUUAGCUACAAAUGCCACUUACUCUCUGUGUCGGAGCCUUCUUGUAUGAUCCGUUUGCUUGUCACUGUUUUAUUGCCCGCCACUUGUUUGUGGAAAUGGCGCAGUGGGAUCGCUGGGUCGAAGCCGCUUACUCGAAGUUGGCUUCGACGCGGCUGUAUCGAAGCGACCUCCGACCCUUCUCGUUACACGCAUUAACGCCGGCUGAGGUUGACACGUUCGAUGGCCCGGGCCCGUGGGACCGUAUGGCGGUCGAGGUCAGAAUCGACGAAGCCACCUUACGGCAAUGGCUCGCCGAACUCCCGAGCAGCGAUAAUGAGGCGAUUGGCGAGGAAGAGAAAAUCAGCGGAAAUAUGCUUCUUUUCUCGGGGAAUGAUUACUUGGGUUUGACCUCUCACCUGGCUGUCCGUAAGGCUGCUGCGAAGGCCGCUCGAAAUUACGGUAUGGGUCCGAGAGGCUCUCCUCUGGUUUGUGGCCAAACAGAUUAUCACACUCUGCUUGAAGCUUCAUUGGCCAAUUUGAGUAAAAAAGAGGAAUGUGUUCUUUGCCCUACUGGUUUUUCUGCCAACAUGUCCUUCAUCUCUGCAUUAGGAAGUAUUAGCUCCCUUUUGGCUCUUAGAAGGAUGCCGUCUGAUAACGACAAAAUAGCAAUAUUCUCAGACGCUCUCAACCAUGCAUCAAUAAUUGAUGGGAUCCGCGUCGCUGAGCGUCAACAAGAAGUGCAACUUUUUAUUUAUAGGCACCGUGACAUGAGCCAUCUCGAUUCCAUUCUAUCACAUUGUCCGAUGGAAAAGAAGGUUGUCAUCACCGACAGCCUAUUCAGCAUGGAUGGAGUCUUUGCUCCAAUGCCCGAACUUGUUGCCCUUCGUAAGAAGCAUGGGUUUCUUUUGGUAAUUGAUGCUGCUCACGGAACACUAGUUUGUGGUGAGAACGGCGGUGGUGUUGCGGAACUCUUUGAAUGUCAAAAUGAAGUCGACAUAUGCAUAGGUAGUUUGAGCAAAGCUGUUGGUUGCCUCGGUGGAUUCAUCGCGUGCAGCAAGAUAUGGAAGCAGCUAAUACUACCGAGGGGGCGCAUGUACGUAUAUUCAACGGUUAUCCCAGUACCCCUUGCUGCUGCUGCAUAUGCUUCUCUCAUUGUGGCAAGAAAGGAAAAAUGGCGCAGGUCGGCACUUUGGAGCCAAGUGCGAGAAUUCAACUCUUUAACCCAACAUAAUGCAAGUAGUCCUAUAAUUUCUCUGGUACUAGGGAGUGAAGCAGCAGCAAUAAGGGCUGCGAGGCAUAUGCUGAGAUCUGGUUUUCAUGUGAUUGCAAUCAGACCACCUCAAGUUCCUCCAAACUCAUGCAGGUUACGGGUUAGCCUCAGCGCUUCUCAUUCGUCAGCGGAUAUUGAAAGGCUUGUUGCUGCAUUAUCCUCCUGUAUUAAAUUCCCGCUUUUCGGCAACAAUGACCGUGCAGUUUCGAAGCUCUAACUUAUGAAAGUACUUUCGUCGCCUCCGAGGAAGCCGUUGAAUGCACAACUCUUUUCAAAUACCUUCAUGGGUUAUUAUAAUAUCCGGAGUUGUACAAUAAGGCUGUUAUUUGAGCCAAUUCGGAGUUGUCCAAUAAGGCUGUUAUUUGAGCCAAUUUGUGUCUCAAUUAUGUUUAUUGGAUUCAGAGUAGUCAUUUGAUUUGUUUUAGACAUUUGGAGAUUGAUUUUAUUUCAAUUGAAAUGUGAGAUUUGGGUUCACCUUCCAUAUCAGUAACCCAAAAUUAUACUA